GUGAUUUGGCCCUGGAGUCUGGAGAUGGGCGUGGAGCUGUCACAAAACAGGGACGACUCAUCAGAAGGAAACUCCAGGUCCUCGAAGAGAGCACUCUCUCUGAUUUUCCCUGCCUUCAUGCCUCCAACCUACUGUAUGGGACCCAGAAAACCUUCAGGCGCUGGGAUGUGUUGCCAGAGGAAGUCAGUGGCGUGAGAGGGGAGGCUGACAGAUGAGGGAGGCAGACGGACAAUUAAAUGAGCAGAUGACCACGCCUGAAUUCUGCAAUCAAAAUUCGGCCAUCAUCCAAUGGGAGUGAAGCUGCUUUUGAGUUCCAACGCGAUGUCACCCGUCGGGAGGAAUUCCUGCGCCUGACUCGUUUCGGUUACUCCUCGAUCCUGACGCAGUGGACGAUGGGAGAUGCGGCGCACGACGGCGGCGUUAAGCGGACCUUCAUCGUCCCAACCAUAAGGAGCUUUGAGCACUAUGACUUUACCAGGGCGAAGAUCUCGUCCAGCCUGACUUGGCUGGUGGCCAAGGCGUUUGGCUCGGAUGAAGUGCCAGAUGAGCUGGUGGAACCUUUCUACAGGGACCAAUACAACCAGGAGCACCUUAAGCCACCAGUGGCCAGCCUGCUCCAGUCUGCAGAGCUCUACUGCCGAGCGGGAAGCUUGAUUCUGCGAAGCGAUGCCGUCAAACCUUUGCUGGGUCACAACGCCGUCAUCCAGGCGCUGGCCCAGAAAGGUUUAUAUGUCACCGAUCAGGACAGACUCGUCACAGAGAGAGAUCUGACCAGCACGCCUAUACUCAUGACAUCCCACUUGGCACUGAUUGACACAUUGAUGAUGGCGUACACGGUGGAGAUGAUGAGCGUGGAGCGGGUGAUGUCCUGCAUCAACAGACAUUACGCUGCUGGGCCCUCGCACAUCGACACGCAGGUCCACGAGCAGCCUUAUGACACCGAGGAUGCCAUCACCACCUGGCUCAAUAAGGUGAACGAACACCUGAGGGACAUUCUUGUUGAAGAGCAGAAGCUGAAAGAAGUUUCGCACCAAGACUCAAACAUUACGCCCAAGGCUCGCUACAGGAGGGCGCAUAUUCAGCAGAACAGCGCACCUUUGCUCCCCCUGGUGGACAACCUGCUGAAAGACAACACAGAUGGCUGCGCCCUGGCGGCUUUGCUCCAUUUCUACUGCCCACAGGCUAUUCGCUUAGAAGAUAUCUGCCUGAAGGAGAUCAUGUCACUGGCUGACAGUCUGUACAAUCUCCAGCUGGUGCAAGACUUUUGCAGGACUAACCUGAACCACUGUUGCCACUUCAGCCUGGAGGACAUGCUGUAUGCGCAUGCAUCCAUUAAGAGUAACUACCUGGUGUUUCUGGCUGAGCUUUUCUGGUGGUUCGAAGUGGUCAAGCCCUCGUUCGUACAGCCCAGAGUCUUUAACCCGAAUGCCUGUGACCCUGUAACAUCCCGUAGAAAUACGGCUCCUGUGUCCAAGCAGAACAAUGUCGACAGCCCUGAUAGCCCAGAUGACGUCUCUGAUGAAGGUCUAAUGAAGAGAUCUAGCUCCAUGUCCUUUGUGGAUGGUUGUGUUGGGACUUGGCCACAGGAGAGACGCUCUUCCACACGUGGAAUCUCUUUUGAAAUUCCUCUGGAUGGCGACGCCACAGUGCCGCUCUGUGAGGCGCCCUCCCUCCGCGGCAUGACCCGCUCUGCCAGCAGCGACGGCAUCGGGUUCAAAGGUCACCAUGCAUCACCUCGAGGUGGGAUGAAGCGUCACGUGUCCCUCGCGCCUGUCAACGUGAACGGACAAAGUAGACACAUCGCAGAAGAUGAGGAAGACUUCAGCCCCCGCAAGCCACUGGGGAGGAACAACACCUUCUCCAUCAAGAACCAAAGCAGGCAUCCCAAUGGAGUCCUCCCCGCCGACACCAAUCACCAUGGUAACCACAGAGGCCACAUCAGUCCCUCGACCCCGCCGAGCAUCGAGGAGGCGCUAAAGAUUAUCCACGACACAGAAAGGCCCCACGCCAGCCUGGGCAUGGGAGACAGGGACAAUGGCUUCUUUCUCCACGAUGCUCGACCUUCGGGACCUCCGGGGGCUGAGGGUCAAGGAGAUGACCCGGGUGCAGCGAAGGCCCGCUUCAAUGACCAUGACCCUAAUUCGCUCUCAACAGACGACACAGGCAUCCACGUGAGGACGGAGGAAAUCCAAAGCCUGGAUGAAGACUCAUCUCUGAGAGACUAUUCAGAUAUAGACCCAGACUGCGAGACCAUGUCACGCUCGUGCCCCGAGAGGGAGAAGAACUGGGAAGGCCGGCGCAAAGGGGUUGGUGAGUCCAACCCCGGAUCCAGCUGCGGCAGAGGCGAUGGAGAAGACAGAAGCUCAGCGCCCACGCUGCCCAGAUCUCACACUGUGAGCCCCGCCUCCUCCUGCGGUGGCUCCGGAGGCGGCAUGGUGCGCAUGACCAGCUUUGCCGAGCAGAAGUUCAGGAAAUUGGAGGGGAGGAGCAGUGGAGGAACCACACCAGAGAGUGCCGAUGUUAGCACGCCAGUGAAGAACAGCUACUCACAGAUCGGUACACCUCCUUUGCCAAUCACAUCACCCUCUCCAGUCACUCCUUCUCCCCGAGACCCCUCCCACCUGAUAGCCUCAGAGAUGAUCCAGCUGAGGAUGAAGCUGGAGGAGAAGCGCAGGGCCAUUGAAGCCCAGAAGAAGAAAGUGGAGGAAGCCUUCACGCGGCAUCGUCAGAAGAUGGCCAGAACAGCUUUUCUGAACGUAGUGCGAAGAAAAGGAGUCACGAGCCCGCUCAGCCCCAAUUCAGGUGGAGCUCAAACGCCUUUGACAAAGACGCUAACCAGCCACGGAAGCAUGGAGAGGGCGGAGCGAUGCAAGCCCGAUGGUGCGGCUCCCAAAUCUCCCUGUGAAGAUGGAGAUUUAACCCCAGGGGAAUCGGACCUCGCAGAGUAUACUCGCUCCAUCGAGAGGCUCAACACGUCACUGGGCUUCCUGCAGACGGAGAUGCAGCGGCUGGGGCAGCAGCAGGAGAGGAUCAUGUCCAUGAAAGAAGAACAGCAAAAAGCCUGGGUCAUUCCUCCCCCUGCGCCAUCGCCACACAGGCAGCUCCGUGAGUUGCGCAGCAGCAGUGUCGCAGGCCGAGCAACAACCAGAGGUUCGGUGGGUUCCUUAUCCCCCGUUUUGUCCUCGUCCUGUUCUGCCAAUCCCGUGAGCCGUCCCUCCACCGGCCUUAAGCGACGGCCCGCCUCCUUCCACGCCAGGACGACUCGGACGCCGCGGCCGAACGAUCUGAAGAUCACGCCCAUCAAUCGAAUGCUCAACACACCCACCUCGGUGGACAGCUUACCGAGACUGAGGCGCUUCACGUCCAGCCAAACACACACCUGCUCCUUUGCGUACCUGAGUUCCGAUGCGGAAGCCAGGGAAAGCAAGAGCAGGGAGAGCAAGGAGAGCAACGAAGACACUAAGGCCAAAGAGGUGGUGGAGAAGAAUCGUGCAGGCACUCCUCAGCCUCCUGCAGCCAAAGAGAAAGAAGAGGAAACCGUUGAGCCAGAGGAUAGUCGGGGGAGAAAUGAAAAGCCAAGGACUUCAGAGGUCUUGUGUCAACCCGUGUCUGAGACUCAGGGCAACAAGCACCCUCAGGAAAAAAGAGAACUUGUGGAGGUGACACUGUCUGGAGUCUGGCCUCAAGAGAGCCAAGCUCAGGACACGACUGGAGAAAGUGACCAGAAGAUGUGCUGUGGGUUCUUCUUCAAGGAUGAUGCAAAAGGUGAAGAGGACAUGGCGGCCAAGAAAGCAGCUCUGCUGGAGAAGAGGCUGCGGAGGGAAAAGGAGGCCCAGGAGAAGAAGCAGCAGCAGGAGCUGGACCAGGAGCAGAAGAAGGAAGCCGCACGGUUGAAAGCAGAGGAAGAGCAACAGAAGACAGACGAUGAGAAGGAUAGGAAAGAAUACAUCAAGAAGGAGUUUCUGAGGAGAAAGCAGCUCAAGCUAAUGCAGGAAAUGGAUCAGGUGGUCAAGCCCCGAUGUGGAAGUUUCAAGAAGAAGCCUCGCCCAAAAUCCAUGCACAGGGAUGUCAUGGAUUCCUCCACUCCGCCUGUGAGAGCAACAGGAGUGCGUCCUCGAGGCUACUCGGUGUCCAGCGUUUCUUUGGCCUCGCUUAAUCUGACUGACAACGAGAGCAACCAUCAAGAUAACAAGAAGCACUACAGGCCAGACUCUGCUGGGGGGUUCUCCUCGUGCCCCUCUGCUGGUAGUCGUAACGGAGAGAAAGAUUGGGAAAAUGAGUCAACCACUUCAUCCACUCCAUCCAACACUGAGUACACAGGACCCAAACUAUACAAGGAACCCAGCGCUAAAUCCAACAAGCAUAUCAUCCAGAAUGCCCUGGCCCACUGCUGCCUGGCUGGAAAGGUCAACGAAGGGCAGAAGAACAAGAUCAUCGAUGAAAUUGAGAAAUCCGAAGCCAAUAACUUCUUGGUGUUGUUCCGCGACACCGGUUGCCAGUUUCGCUCGGUGUACGCCUACUGCCCCGAGACCGAGGAGAUCACGCGGCUGACCGGCAUCGGGCCGAAGAUCAUCAGCGCCAAGAUGAUCGAGCAUCUUUAUAAGUACAACUCUGACAGGAAGCAGUUUAGCCAGAUCCCGGCCAAAACGAUGUCAGCCAGCGUGGAUGCCAUCACCAUUGCCAGUCAUCUGUGGCAUAACAAGAAGCAGGGCACCCCCAAAAAGAUGCACUUGAAGUAGCAACUUUCUCUGGAAUAUGAAAAACCAUUUGAAGAUUUAUUCCAUAUCCUUUGGUAUCCAAAUUAAGGUCCAUGUGUUAUAAUGCACAGGAUUCAGUGCACUAGUAGAGGAAUGUCUUACAUUAUUUUUGCAGAUUUCAGCAGGAGACUCACUCACUGUUUUUGUGCUCAGACCAAAGCCAUGUCUCGUGUAAAAGUAUUGCUUUGACGCAAUCUUGUGCCAUGUUAGGGCCAAGGAACUAUGUUGGUGAGGGGAGGAGUUUCACUGAGUCAGGCCUUAACUUUGUCUGGUUGUUAAAAGUGCUUUGCUGCCAUCGUAUGGCCACUAAAUGCAAUUACAAACCUUUUGGGCUUGCCGUCAACUCCCUGCAGAUUCUGCCUUUCACAAUAACAUUUUUGCACACUAGUUUGGAUUGCUAGUAGUUCAACUGCACUAGUUGACAUAUGUAUGUUACUAGUAGUGCUAGUGAAGCACCAGACCUAUUAGAAUUUAAUUAGUAGUACCAGUAAGAUGCAUUUGCCUUUUGUUUACCAGUGAAGAAAAAAAUGGACCUUAAAAUGGAUUUCAAGGAUAUGUAUUAAAUGCUCAAACCGAUUUCCACACUGGAAACACUUUCGAUUCUAAGAUCUAGAACUGGAAAGUAGAAGAUAAAUUAAUUUCCCAGACAUCAUACAAGACUUAAACGGACACCAUGUUUCCUCACGUGCCAAAACAGAUCAAAAAUAGGCAAGCGACGCCUGGUUGGAACUCCAAAGUGAAUGUCCCGCCUCAAUGAGGCAGAGCGGUUUCUGUGCGGCCUUAUGUUUGUUUUGUGUUUGUUGUGAUCGUGUCGUUUUUGUCAGCGCCAUGCAAAGGGCCCGGCCCGCCCGUCUGAUGGGGGAUGAGAUAGAGGCGGCCUGUACAAUUCUUGCUACACAGGUAUGUUUUUAUGUGUGUAUUUCAAGUGCCAAGAAGAGUGUUUGCCAUUCCCAGUGAUCAUAUCGCCAACAACCCUUUGUGGAAUGCACCAGUAGAAUACUCUAUUUAUUUCAGUUUUAUAAUGCGUCCAACAUAUUUUUAAGGCAGUUUUAUUCAGAGCAACGUAAAUGUCUUGAAUUGAUUUGUAUAUAAUGGCAAGUGAACUAGCAAGCAGCCUUUGAGUAGCUUUUCUAAUUUAACAGAUAUAUACAUCAUUCCCACGUGUUCAAUCGGGGCCUUUUAUGAUAUUGCAAGUUUUUUCCACAGUUAUUUGCUUUUAUUGUAACAUCCACAGAGUGUGACCAUCAUCACUAUCACUGACUGACAAAUUGUUGUGCAAUGGCAUCAUGUGAUCAGUGUUGACUAAGAUCCACAAUUGUAAAUAUGACUUUUAUGAUUUUAUGUUCAGGUAUGUAUCAACACUGUACAGAUGUAUUUUGGCAUACAGUAAAGUAUUUUUUGUAACAUUUAACAGAUGGAUACUGAUGGAACGGUGUGUUUAAAGAAGGUUGACCAUGUGCUGUAAAAUGAAACGCGAGGAGGCAAUGAAUGAAGAUUUUACAGAGACUGAAAAAAUGACAUUUCAUCUAUCCUAGUUUUUCCAACCUGUAAUUUUCAUUUUACUGAAUAUGUUCAACAGACCUUGUACAUUUGUUGUGUUAUUCAACUAGUCUUAAAGCUUUAUUAAAAUGCAGCAACUUUU